CCCUCCCUGCCUGCUCUCUGAAAUCUUCGGACAAUCUGCAGGCACUCAACUCCAGCUCAGAUCUGUUUUAGUGGGGCAGAGUGAAGAACACAGUGAGCCAAAUUAGGGUACAAAUUUAGGGAGAAAAUACAGAGUGAGAAAGCCACAUUCAAAGGAAAGUUUCAAAGGCAGGGGCAUAAAAGUGGGUAGAAAGUUAGGUUGACAGCCUGGCAGGUAGUCAUAUUUUUUUUCUUCAAAAGAAUGGGUUCCCUGGUGAGCAGUGCUUCUGCUCUUCUCUUUACCUCCAUGCUGGCUUUUCUCGUCGGAGUUUCUUCAGUCCUGGGCCAAGACCUGAGAGAGAGGGAUGCGAUAUGUGAUGUUGAUGGCUGCUUUGUGGUCUAUUUUCAACGAAAAACCUUUCUGGACUCAUGGAGAGCUUGCAAAGAGAAAGGUGGCAACCUAGCUACCAUCAAACGAAAGGAGGAUGCCACCUCUAUUGCCAUACUUUUCUCAGCUCUGGACUUACGCCACUCACGCACCAAGGUCCAGGUAUGGAUUGGCCUGCAGCGCCAUCCUCGCCAGUGUACCACUACGCGCACACUGCGGGGUUUCUCUUGGACUACUGGAGAUCAAGACACAGAGUAUACCAACUGGCAGGAAGAAGACUCGCCUAGUAAGUGUAUGGUGCCACGCUGCGUGUUCAUGGACUACAACAUUGAACAGCAGAAUGAUGAUUUAAAAUGGCUGGAUGGUUCCUGCUCAGUCCCUGUAGAUGGGUAUCUUUGUCAUUAUGGCUACAAAGGGAUGUGUCCUGCCUUAUGGAGUGAAGGUGGAGGGAAUGUCCUUUACGUGACACCAUUUAACUUACUAAGCACACUGCUAACCCAUGUACCCUUUGGAUCUGUUGCUACCUUGCCAUGCCCCGUAGGCACGAAGGAGGAACAAUCAGUUUUGUGUGUGCUGAAGGAGGAUGGCUCUGUUGGAUGGUCAAGAGACCCCCCUUUUUGUUCUAAUCCUUCUGUAUCACAGGACUGGUGUGAUCAGGUUAAUGGUGGAUGUGAGCAUUUCUGCAGGCCGGCUGGUGCUCACUUCUACUGUGAAUGUGCUGAUCAAUAUCAACUAGGAGAUGAUGGGCACAGCUGUGAGUUGUCUGAUGUUUGUCAAGAGGCCCCAUGUGAGUUUGACUGCCUGCCCCUUUCAGUUGGGUAUCGCUGUACCUGCCCUGAAGGAUACAUGCUUUCACCAGAUGAUGUUGGCUGUGUGGAUAUAGACGAGUGCCUCCAAAGUCUUUGUGAACAACUUUGUGAGAAUUCUCCAGGGACAUUUGAAUGUCGAUGUCAGGAAGGUUACCAACAAGAUGAUGAAGGUGGAUGUGAGGAUUUAGAUGAGUGUAUAAAGGACCCAUGUGAACAUGCGUGUGAAAACACUCCAGGCUCUCAUAUCUGCCACUGUCAUCUGGGCUUUUCCCCAGUACCUGAAGACCCAAGCCGAUGUCAAGACACUGACGAGUGCCAGAUCCCUGGGACCUGUGAGCAGAUGUGUGUGAAUUAUGAGGGUGGUUUUGAGUGCUACUGUGAAGAAGGCUAUGAACUCAUGUCUGAUCAAUACUCAUGUCGAAAGCAAAGGGAAGGACAUGACCAAUCUGCCAUCACCUCUCCUUUUCCUUGGGUCACCCACCGACCAGGGCCUGUAUGGGACCCCAUGGACUAUGACUGGAAUCUGCAGCAGAGUCCCACUGACUGGCCUCCAGAGGAGGAGCAAUCUCUGGACUGGCUGACUGAUUCACCCAGAGUUUUGAGUUCUGAUGUCAUUUGGGUCACCAGUGCUCCACAUGAGGAACUGCUCCUUUAUUCAGCAGUGGACCCUUUGACACAGGGGGUUGAGAAAGAUGAGGAAGACAUAGACAAUGGAGGAGAAUGGUUGAAGGGGGGGCAUACAUCUCAGUCAGAGCUGGAAAUUUUUCCAAAUACCAUCUACACCACGCCCCCACCCACCACCAGCUCUAUCACUCAACCAGAAGAAGUUGACACCACAGCUCUUCCCUUCCUUUCCACAUCUACAAUCUCUGAGGGAGCUAGGAAUUGGUGGGCUAGGCUCACCACUUCCAGCCAUAAACCAGGAAAUCCAGAGGAUUUUGUCACAGACCACAACAUGCCUACAGAUUCUAGCUACCACAAUGAGGAAGACGAAGAACAGUACCCACUUAGUAAACAAUCUGAGUUCCCAAAGGAGGAGUUUGGGGAGGAGGACAUGAAUUAUGUGGAGAUAAAACACUCCCUAGAUCCAACUGUUCUCACCCAGCUUACCACAUCCCAGCCACCCUCAAGUGAGGGUGGACAGAGUGAAGACAUCCUGGAUUCUGUCUGGGAAGACAGUGGGCAGAAAAACAGCACUUGGCUCCUGGUGGGACUCCUAGUGCCCAUCUGCAUGUUCAUUUUGGUGAUGCUGGUAUUGGGCAUCAUCUAUUGUACACACUGUAAUCAUCAGCCCCGCAGUAAGAAUAUCACUGACUGCUACCACUGGAUAUCAGGGGCUCAUGAUACACAGGGAGCUCCUAACCCAUCAUCAGGGGUCAAGACCCAUGUUUAAAUAGAAAUGAGAGAAACUGACAUUUAAAUAAACACACUCUGUUUCAGAGGUAAGCAAGAGUGAUUAAUGAACCUGGUAAACAGGCAAACUAAUUGUUUUACCCUAUCUGACUGUGGAACUGCCCAAUCUGAAUACAUUUGGAUAUUGCUGUUGAAUAUCAACUGAUAGAGGUGAUGAAGGUACACGGGAAACCUCCUGACUUUUUUGGGACGCAAUUGCUGUGUGCUAUGAACUGCUUUAAGGUUUGACCUGAUUAAGUUAUAAUUGCACACGGCUUCGUUGUUAUAACCAUCUUCAGAACUAAUGUAAAAAGAUCUGCUAAUGUUUGACGAUAAUGUGUGUAGACAUUUAUGAAUUUCAGUAUUUCACAGCUGGAGAAUCAUGGAAAUCAUUGUAAUGAUGGAAAAACCAUUCUGCAUUUUUGAGGUAGCAAAACUGCAGGGUGUCUUUAACUCAAAAUCAUCAGGCUCAGUUAAUUUCAUUAGCAUAACACCAUAGUCAAAUGUAACUGUCAACUGUGUUUAAAGGAUUUACCUGCAUUGUUAGUUCACGUCAGCGGUGGGUAAUACAACAUUUAAGGCAAAUAUCCCUUCAAGAAAAAGUACAUUCUUCAGUCAUGAUAUUGCUGGGAAAAACAAUUUGAAAAUCCCUGUUUUGGACUUGAAUAGUAUGAGUCCAAAGCCAGAAAAUCUUAAGAGAAGAAUCUUAAAUGAAUUACACUGUUUAUGGACCCCAUAAACCUAGGGUGAUAUGCAGAGGAAUGGCUGUCUACACAUGCAAAUAUCUCUCCCCACUGAUGUCCAGUUUAACCACACUUCUCCUUUCCCUGAUUUUUUAAAAUAAUAAUAACUGCAGAUGUUCACAUUGCACAAGGAAUGCUGUGGGGGCUGAUAGCCAAUUUUAGCCUGCAUAUUUGAAUUGCCAUCAAUCACACUUCAUAACCAUAAUUCAUUAGUAUCCCCCAGACGUCUAUGUCUUAGCCCAGCCAUUAAAUGCUGUGGUGGAUCACAUUCAGCUGUGUGAAACUAUAGUCAUUGUUGUGAAACUUCUUGCUGCAAAGAUAAUGAACAGUUUAUAAAGACAAUUAAAUCUGAAAGAUUUCAGAACCCAGAUUACAAAAUUCUACAUUACACUGGAGAGGAAUGCUACAUUGUCUUUUUUUGGAGAAGUCCUCAUUGGAUUUUAUGGUGUUUAAAUUGAAUAAACCAAAGGAGAAAAAAAAAACAAAUAAAGAUUUGUUAGCACUUACUUUGUUUUUUGUUGAAAUACAUCUUUAUUUUAUUAGUUGAUUGUAAAAUAAAAGAAACAUCUAAUGUCUGUUUUUCUGUUAUGAUAUGUUAAGAAAUCAUGAAUUAAAAGGUAUGAUGGG